CCCUGAUCGUUGAGCCAGUCUGGAGAGGGCAGUGUUAUAAAAGGCCCCUCAUAUGAACCCAGAAGUCUUGGACUGACUCUCACAACUCUGAGAUCUGCAGCCCCUGACCUUCAGCUGGCUGGUACAGAUGGCACUGCCCCAGUACGCCUCCUUGGCCACAGAGCUACUACUGGCCACCACCAUCUUCUCUAUAGUAUUUUGGGUGGCUAGGGCUUUAAGAACCCAGGUCCCCAAAGGCUUGAAGAGUCCACCAGGGCCCUGGGGCUGGCCCUUCAUUGGGCAUGUCCUGACCCUGGGGAAGAACCCACACCUGUCACUGACAGAGCUGAGCAAGCAGUAUGGGGACGUCCUGCAGAUCCGCAUUGGCUCCACACCUGUGGUGGUGCUGAGUGGCCUGGACACCAUCCGGCAGGCCCUGGUGCGGCAGGGAGAUGACUUCAAGGGCCGGCCAGACCUCUACAGUUUCACACUUAUCACUAAUGGCAAGAGCAUGACCUUCAACCCAGACUGCGGACCAGUGUGGGCUGCCCGGCGGCGCCUGGCCCAGGACGCUCUGAAAAGUUUCUCCAUAGCCUCAGACCCAACAUCAUUGUCCUCUUGCUACUUAGAGGAUCAUGUGAUCAAGGAGGCUAACCAUCUAGUCAGCAAGUUGCAGAAGCUGAUGGCAGAAGUUGGGCACUUCGAACCUGUCAACCAGGUAGUGGAAUCUGUGGCUAAUGUCAUUGGAGCCAUGUGCUUUGGGAAGCACUUCCCCCGGAAGAGUGAGGAGAUGCUGAGGAUUGUCAAGGGCAGUAAUGACUUUGUGGAGAAUGUCUCCUCCGGUAAUGCUGUGGACUUCUUCCCCAUCCUACGCUACCUGCCCAACCCAGGCCUCAAGAGGUUUAAGAACUUCAAUGAUAACUUUGUGCUGUUUCUCCAGAAAACAGUCCAGGAGCACUAUCAAGAUUUCAACAAGAACAGUAUCCAGGACAUCACAGGUGCUCUAUUCAAGCACAGUGAGAACUCCAAAGACAAAGGUGGCCUCAUCCCUCAGGAGAAGAUUGUCAACAUUGUCAAUGACCUCUUUGGAGCUGGAUUUGACACAGUCACAACAGCCAUCACCUGGAGCAUUUUGCUCCUUGUGACACGGCCCAGUGUGCAGAGGAAGAUCCACAAGGAGCUGGACACAGUGAUUGGCAGGGAUCGGCAACCGCGGCUUUCUGACAGACUUCAGCUGCCGUACCUGGAGGCCUUCACCCUAGAGAUCUACCGAUACACAUCCUUUGUCCCCUUCACGAUCCCCCACAGCACAACGAGGGACACCUCAUUGAACGGCUUCCACAUCCCUAAGGGGCGCUGUAUCUUCAUAAACCAGUGGCAAGUCAACCAUGAUGAGAAGCAGUGGGAAGACCCUUUUGAGUUCCGUCCAGAGCGGUUUCUUACUGAUAACGACACAGCCAUCAACAAGACGCUGAGUGAGAAGGUGAUGCUCUUUGGCUUGGGAAAGCGCAGGUGCAUUGGGGAGAUCCCAGCCAAGUGGGAAGUCUUCCUCUUCUUAGCUAUCCUGUUGCAGCAGCUGGAGUUCAGCAUGCCACCAGGCACGAAAGUGGACCUGACACCCAUCUAUGGACUGACCAUGAAGCCUUCAGUCUGUAAACACAUCCAGGCGUGGCCACGCUUUUCCAAAUGAAGAUGGCUGAAGCAGGGGAGGAAACAUUCAUGGGCCAUCACCUUUGUUUCUUUCCCUUUAUUUUUAUUUUUAUUUUUAUUUUGGUGGAGGGUGGGGUUCAAGAUGGGGUUUCUCUGUGGCUUCAGAAGCUGUCCUGGAACUAGCUCUUGUAGGUCAUGCUGGCCUCAAACUCACAAAGAUCUGCCUGUCUCUGCCUCCCAAGUGCUGGGACUAAAGGCGUGUGCCACCAAGGUCUGGCUCUGGUGAUUUUUUUUUUUCACCUUUCUUUUUAAAUAGCAGUUUUUUUGAAGUACAAUUCUUUCACCGUAUAAUUUACCUCCAAUUAAUUUUAGAAUAUUGUCUAUUGUAUCUCCCCAAACCUAUACCCACCCAUUAAGAUUUAUGACUAUUCAUCCUAACCUGUCUCCUUUUCCCCACCAGAUGCUAAUCUAGUUUUAGACUCAAUAAAUUUGUAUACACUAGCCACUUCAUAUAAACCCAAUGAUCUAUGGUCUGUAACUGGCUCUGUUCACUUAACCACAGUUCUUUCAAAGUUCA